GUUUUAACAGGUAUUUUCUGAGUCUUGUAGCUAACAAAAAGCUAGCGCUUUAAUGCAAGGCUAACUCAUAUGUUGAAUAGAAAGUUUGUGCGGACAGAUGAUGCUAUGAAAGAUUCUGAAGAGACUGCAACAGCCUUCAAUGUUCCAUCUAAUCUGUGUGAUGUGACCCCUGGCUGGCCCCUCCCCUCUCUUGCAGCAGCGACGCUUCUUGUUGCAGCGACGUCUGUCAACCCUGGCCCCUCUAGCGACCCACCCUGGCCUUCUUGUUGCAGCGACGUCUGUGAACCCUGGCCCCUCUCUUGCGCAGCAGUGACGUCUGUGAACCCUGGUUGCAGCGACGUAUGUGAACCCUGGCCCCUCUCUUGCUGCAGUGACGUCUGUGAGCCCUGCACUGUAAAAAGAGAUGUGCACGCGUGUAGCGUGUUACACAUGUGCCAAGCUGCCCUCCAGAAAGGUUUAUCACAGCUAAAAGUAUGUCGUUUUGACCCACUGAAUGAAAACGACACAUUACACAUGUGUCCUUUCUUAUGUACAUUACAUAUAAAUGUACAUUAAACACACAAUCACUUGUAAAAAUCAUACUUCAUAAUUAUGUCCCUGGCAACAAAUGUGACAUAGCAACGAGUGAGACUGUUUAAAUGGUAGCUAGCCAACCAAGUAUAGUACAGUACAGUCAAGACACUUCAAAGAAUUGAACUGCUGGAACCACCCUCAACUCUGAAACUACAGUUUAUUAAUAUGUAAUUAUUGCAGAAUUGAUAGACUCUACGGCUGAUGAGUCAGUAAUUCUCCUUCCUCAACAAUGGCAGACUCCUUCGAUUGUGAUACGUUUCCUAUUGUUAUAGCUAAGAUUUUUUGCCACAACACAUACACUGGCAUUUAUGUGUGCAGUCUGAUUCUUUUUACUAACCGUUGUCCGUUGUCAAGGUACAGUACUAAUAAAUAAAUAACUAUUAUUGUAGCUCAUAAUUAUUCUUCUGCAGGUAGGCCGUGAGCUAGCUGUCUGAAUCUUAAUACUGGUCCCUGGUCCCUGUCAGGGCACAAAUUUGAGGCCUUAAUUUGUUAUAAUUAUUAUAACCGUACAUACAAGUACCACAUUUUUUGCCACAACACAUGCAGGCACAUGCAGGUAGGCCUUCCUAACCACCCUCAAAGUGAGCUAGCUGUCUGAAUCUUAAUACUGGUCCCCCUGAUGAACGUUUCCUUAAUUUGUUAUAAUUUUUUUUCCACAUUUUUUGCCACAACACAUUGGAUUUGUAAUGUUACAUGUAGGCUAUCCUCAAACUGCUUUAUUUGUGCGGUCUGAUUCUUUUUUCUAGCCAUCAGCAUAAUUAUUCUGAAUUAUUAUUCUGCCGGCACAAAUUUGAGGUACAUUUCCUAUCAAUUUAAUUUGUUAUAGCAGUUUUACCACCACAACACAUACACACAUUGGAUUUUGUAUGCUAUUAUUCUACAUGACUAUCCUUUUUAUUUUUGCGGUCUGAUUAUUUUUUCUAGUCGUUGUCAAGGCAUUUACAGUGCUGUCUGAAUCUUAAUACUGGUCCGAAAUAGGUAUGUACAAUGCGUUCACAACUUAUAAUAUUUUUUUCACCAUUAUUUUACGCAAUUUUUGCAAACACUUCUGAACACUUGUUUCAUUAUCAGUUAUAAUUAUGCUAUAGACUCGUCAUUAUUUAUUUUUGUUAUUUUAUGAGAUUGAAAUGGCAUUAAUUGGAAACUGACCCGCUAGAAGUGGGUCAACGACACACCUUCAAUUUGACACACGUGUAGCAUGUCAUUUGGAGAGUGUCAGUUGAAACAACCCACUUGUUUUUACAGUGUGGCCUUGCAGCAGCGACGCUCUGUGGUUCUCUGGAGCAAUGACACAAGGUAUAAUUAACCAUGUUAGCCCAUAUGUACAGAUGCCUGGAAACACAAUUAUAUAUACAUAUUAAUUCCUGCCUGGAAACAAUAUACAUAACAUAAUUGUGUUUCCAGGCAGGAUCUGCAAGUCUUCUGCCAGACAGUGACAUGGCUGAGCUACCACCAUGGAGAGAUAAUUCCAAGGUGCAAUAAUUAAUAGUGUCGUGGGCAAGAAAAAAGCCCAGGCUCUGAAGGGACGUGGUAUGGUAAUUAAGUCUCUCCGCUAUCAGUUGCUACCCUUUUUAAUGGACUACAAGCUAGGUAAGACCUCUUGUUGACAAAAGUGUUGUUCUUGUUGUCUCUCCUCUUGUGUCUCUCAUGAUUGACCAGGUCAGGAGUCUGAACAAUAGAGGCUGCCAUCCUCAGUAGCAAUAAAGGAAUCGACAAUUAAAAAUUUGGUUGCCACUGCCAGGGAAUUAUUGCCUGCUGUAUACUGCAGCAUCAGGAAACCCAUAUAGUCUGCUGUUUCUUAUUAUACGAAUAAAGGGGCAGGGCGACUCGAAGAGUUUUUCCCAAAAGAGAAGUUGAAACCUGGAAGCUAUGCAAAACUUGACGCUAAAAUUUAUCCAGCUGACCUCAGACCUAGCUACAAUAAUAGCUAGCAUUCAUUGGAUUAUAAGACAUAGAUACUUUUAGCUACAAUAAUUGUUUCAUGUUCUUUUUUCAUUGGCUAGUGAUAAUCAUUGCUAGUUACAAAAAUAAUGUAGUGAUGAGAUAAUGUAGUGAUGAGAAAUAAAGAAAACCCCUAAGGCCCGGUGUCAUAAAAUUUUGGGCCCCCCCCGGGCCUAGAAUUUCAAAAUUUUGGGCCCCCCGGGCCUAGAAUGUUAACAGUUAACAGUUUAGGCCCCCCAGGGGGUCCAAACUGUUAACAUUCUAGGCCCCCCCUCUUUUCUGCAGGAACAAAAAGCGCUUACGGACUUACUAUGACUUCUGGCUAUUAGCUGACUUAUUUAUGCAUGAUACUAAUGGACAAAGCAAAGGGAGUGCUAUGACACUCUAUGACUUCUGGCUAUUAGCUGACUUAUCUAUGCAUGAUACUAAUGUAUGCAUGAUACUAAUGGACAAAGCAAAGGGAGUGCUAUGACACUAUGACUUCUAGCUAUUAGUUAUCUGUGAACCCUCACCUCAGAUCCUGUCAGAGAGUGUAUAAAAGUAGCAAAUAUGUUAGCAGGCAUGUUACUAAAUCUACCAUGGAAUCCAAAAGUGAAGGAAGAUUUACCUUUGAAGUUAUUCAUGCUCUCAUAAGCAGGAACGAGUACCCUUCAUCCUUUAGUAAAGAAGACAAGCGUUCCCUGAGGCGGAGAGUUAAAUGCUUUGAUACAGUGGAUGGAGAAUUGUACUAUGUUGGAUCUACCCGUGAUGAGAAGAGGCUUGUUGUGGAAGACAAGGAGCAGAGGAAAAGGAUUAUAGGAGCAAUCCAUGAUCCAAGUCAUAUGGAAGUCAACAGAACAUUGGACAUCGACAGCCAAGUAUUACUGGCCUGGUCAAACAAAUGAAGUCAAAGAAUAUGUGAAAACAUGUACCAAGUGCCAGUGUACCAAUCCUAGACUACUAAAACCAGCAUCAACUCUCCACCCAAUACCAGUGACACCAAAGGUUUGGCAUACAGUUGGGAUGGAUUGAGACACCCAGGGGCAACAAGUAUGUCAUAACGCUCACCGACUAUUUCAGCGGAAGCAGCCCCACUACCAGACAAGACAGCACAUGGAGUAGCUAAAUUCCUUUACUCUGUUAUGUGCCUUAAUAGGUUAUGUGCAGAAUGAGCUGUGCAGAAGUCAUCAUCACUGACCAGGGUCGGGAAUUCGUCAACACUCUCAGCCCAGUUGUACCAGAAAACCAACACCCAGCAUAGAAUCACUAGCGCUUACCACCCUCAGACAAAUGGAUUAACUGAGCGGUUUAACCAGACUCUUUCUAGGUGUUUGGCUAAGACUGUGAAUGACAACCAAGAUAACUGGGACGAGAAGAUCAACAUGAUUCUCAUGGGAUAUAGGGCAUUGCGUCAGGCAUCAAUUAAGCAUUCUCCUUACUUCAUGCUCUUCCAAGCUGAGAAGCUGAGAUGCGUUUGCCGAUUGAUAGUGAGCAGAACCCCAGAAGAAGUUAUUGAACAUCUUUUGAAGAGCCGUGAAGAAGUGUUAACAUCAAGUCAGCACAAGGCAAACAAAAAGAAACGUAUGUCAGCACACUUAGCGUGGGUAUGAAGGUUUUGCUGGAGAAUACUGCUCAAAAGCAGAGGAAGGAAGGGAGGAAAACUGGACUCAAGAUGACUAGGUCCAUAUAUUUCAUCAACCGAGAUUUAGGUAAGGGCUUAUAUGAGCUAAAAAACCUUUCUGGUCAAAUACUCAAGAAGAAGGCGAAUGUCUGUCGGCUGAAGUUGUUUAAUGAAAGGUUGUUUAAUGAAAGGAGCUUGUCUAGAGACAAUAAACAGCCACCAGAAGGCGAUCGGAGAGACGACCAACAGCCACCAAAGAAAGACGACCCACAGCCACCACAGCCACCAAAGAAAGACGACCCAAAGAAAGACGACCCACACCCACCACAGCCACCAGAGAGACCCACAGCCACCAAAGAGAGACGACCCACAGCCACCAAAGAGAGACGACCCACAGCCACCAGAGAGAGACGACCAACAGCCACCAAAGAAAGAGGACCCACAGCCACCAGAGAGAGACGACCCACAGCCACCAAAGAGAGACCCUAAGUCAAACAAAUGUAAGACUAAGGAUGUUUUCAAGAAGACCAAAGUACAGUGGGUCAAUGAGCUCUCUCUCACGGCACAUGACAGAGAGAUACUACUAGCCCCAACAGGCAUGCUGUCUGACAAGCAUGUGGAUGCUGCAAUGAUACUUUUAAGUGGCCAAUUCUCCAAAACAUCUGGGUUGCAAUCGUCACUUAAAGUGCAGUUUCGUCUUGGUUUUCGCCCAAUUGAUUUGGACAAGCGCACGAGGGUUCGAGGGUUCAAGGAGUGCAGAUACUGUUUGUGCCAGAACGUCAUCACUGGAUCCUGACAAGUUGUAUUGAAGGCAGUGUCUACAGUGCAACAACCAAAGAGAGUAGAUUUUUUUUUUUGGUACACAUUUUUUACAUUUUGUGGCAUAUCUUUUAAAGUAAAAGUGAUAUGAUCUAUUUGAGUGCAGGUACUUAAAGUUCAACUAUUGGCGCUUCCAUUGGACCACCACCUGUUACAUCACAUGACAUCAUCAGUAUAAAAUGGCUGUCUGAAGAUGUGUACUUCCGAAAAUAUGUUAGGAAUAGAAGUAGCUUAUUUUGAUCUGAAAUUUGUUGUGCAUGUACCUGAGUAUAUUGCUCAUCUUUUGAGCUUCAACGGAAGUCUGGGCUACUAGUAAGUUCUGAGAAAUACUGCAUUUUGUUGUUUUUUGGUGGCAAAUAUGUUAGGAAUACAACUUUCGAUUUUAUAUUAGUUAAGGUCUGAUUUUUGAGCAGCAUGUACUACAAUAGUGUACUUUUCAUCUGUACUAACUUACAGGAGUUAGGCUAGCCUCCCAUCUUGUCAAAAACAGUGCUUUUUAUGACUUUUGGGGCGAUUUGCCUACGUAUAAGGCUCAAUUGCCACGCCCCUGUGACACAGAAUGACCAACACCAACUGUGUAUUUGCAGGUAGACAUCACAUGACCUUUGGAUGUAGCAAAUAGCAAAUAACAAUUUGUGAUGUCACAAAUCAAUGAAUAUCAUUGCAUACGUCAGCAAAACGGACCAUUUUUGACAAGAAGGGCCACUCUAGCAAAGAAGAGACUUGUCUAGCUCUUGUAAGUUAGUGCAAAUGAAUUUUACACUAUUGUAGUACAUCCUUCUCAAAAAUCAGACCUUAACUAGCAUAAAAUCGAAAGUUGUAUUCCUAACAUAUUUGCCACCAAAAAACAACAAAAUGCAGUAUUUCUCAGAACUUACUAGUAGCCCAGACUUCCGUUGAAGCUCAAAAGAUGAGCAAUAUAGUCACAACAAAUUUCAGAUCCUACUUCUAUUCCUAACAUAUUUUCGGAGGUACACAUCUUUAGACAGCCAUUUCAUAGUGAUGAUAUCAUAUGAUGUAACAGGUGG